AAUGGUUGAGCAGUCGGAAGAAGGAGAUGUAACCUACAUUUAUCGGAUAUCGCACUGCGACAGUGAACACUCAGAUACUUGGCUGGGAGCCUUAUACGCCUACAAGGGAGUACUACUGAUUUUUGGUGUAUAUAUGGCUUGGGAAACUCGAAGAGUAAAAAUACCCGCCUUAAAUGAUUCUCACUAUAUAGGAAUGAACGUAUAUAACGUUGUACUAACGAGCGCUAUAGUUGUUGCUCUAUCCAGUUUAUUGGCCGAUAGGCGAGUCUCUCUCUCUCUCUCUCUCUCUCACACACUCUCUGUGUCUCUAUAUCUCUCUUCCUUCCUUCCUUCCUUCCCUUUAUCAAAAAAGGAAUUUUCCCUUAUUGUUGCCCCCCCUGCAGGCCGACCCUGUGUUACGCCGUCGUCAGUAUGUAUACUUCAAUUAAUAGGGCAAAGAUUAUUGUUUACUGACAAGGGAAUGCAUAGCGGGAAGGCUCUUGGUAGAAAAGUGUGCGGCACAUUAGUCGGGGAGGUCUACGCCAUAAUCAGGCAUAACGGAAAUCCGGUUAUUGCGUCGACCGGCAUUACGGUAGAGGCGAACACGAGGCGUUUCAUGGUUGACGACAAGCAGGAAGUUUACUACAGAGCACAAGUUCAGAAUAGAGUUUACAAGCGUCAAUUAGUUCAGCUUGAUCAGGAAAUCGCUCGUUUGGAACAACUCUUAUCAAUACCCGUUCCACCAGUUGGUCCCCUAUCCGAAGAUUUAUUAGCCCUCUUGCCAUUCGGUGAUAUAGAGAAGAAAGAGGAGCCCGUCGAGCCUAAAGCCGAAGCUCUAGCUUUUAUCAGCACGUCGGUAACAGAUAAGACAGAUGCUAGGAAAUUCUUGCGAAAAUUCUCAAUGACGGCUCUAUUAGAUAAAACUAAUAAAAAACGUUCAAAUCAAACCAGCCGUAUUUCGACGGCUUCGGAACAAAGGCCUUAUUCGCGCUCCCUUCCCUCAGAGAAGCCUGCAAUAGUUGAGGAAGAGAAUCAAGAUGUGAUAACAAAUGAGGAAUAUCGCGAGAAUAGUCCGCCCACCUCGUCGACUAAAGCUGCAGAUAACAACGAAGACGACGGCUACGUCUAG